UUGGGUCUCUGGUUUCCUGAUGAGAAUUUUGCUUGUCAAUGCCAUCUACCAUCUAAUCAGCCUUGCGACACUAUCUUUUUCACAGAAGCAUUAGCUGUAUGCUCUGCUAUCCAUUCGGUAGUGAACAUGGACGAACCACCCGCCAAAAUGCUCAUUUACACCGAUAACUCCAAUACAGUGACUAUGUUUGAUUCAUUACGUGCUAAACCUGCUCACAACUCUUUGCUACUCUCAGCAGUGGAUGUUCUGCUCAAGUAUGGAGUUGACCUGCAGGUAGAACACAUUCCAGGGCAACAGAAUAUCAUAGCAGAUGCCCUUUCGCAUUUUCAUAACGAGCUUGUCAAAGAUCUCAUACCCACAGCUCAAAUCUUUGACUUCGAACCCCCUCAGGAUGCGUUGGGG